GAGUCGAGAAUUCAUGACGAUUCAUUUCAGUUCAGGUAACAGUGCAGUGUGCGCCCGGCAACAGUGGUACAGUACAGUGUCCAUGUGGUGUGGUGUGGGGAUCGGCUAUCGGGGGUAGCGGCCACGUGCCGCACCGAAUGUGGUGUGGUGUGCGUUCGGUAGCCAGUAAUUGCUAAUUGAUUGAGCAGCUGAAGCUUCAUUUCGCAGAAACCAAGCGUCGAGCGUCGUCGAGAACGAUUCGAAGCGAAGCCAGCCACCACCGUUUGCCACCACGCCCUAGCUGCUGCUGCUGCUGCUGCUGCACACAACAAAGAACCACCGGAGCAGCAGCUGAAAGGCACAUCCACGCCAACGACAUCCGGUGCCUGUGAAAGUGGCCGUUGGCCGUUGGCCGGACCAGAGCACAGCGAGUGUGAGCAUUUCUUUGUCUUCGGUCGGCCGGCCGCUUGGGUAAAGCAGCCGCUUAGGUAGAGCAGAAGUUUUGCUAUCUGCGGAUCGAAAUUUCGUCAACCAGCGCUGCAAGCUGGACACCAUUUUGUAGCUGAUGAAUCCUAUCGCACCGCGUGGUCGCAGCUUUCGGUUCUUUGUUCCGUCGACACGUGGUGUGACCGGAGAAAAAACGCGUCUGAUGUAACACGGCAAAGAGAAAGUUACUGCAAAGUGUAUAUACACACACACAGACACACAUACAUACAUACAUACAUACACACAUACAUACGUUACCUAUUAUUACAACGGCUUCCUGGACCGGCCACUUCGAUCAACCGAACGCGAACGGAGCAACGAAAAAGACGCCCCGCCGACGCCAUCAUCCUUCCCGUGUCGUAUGUGCGUACGUGUGCAGUGUUAGUGUGCUGCUAAGCGUGGGUGUACCGUGUGCAAGUUUUUCGAGUUUUCAAAGAAAAUCGUGUCCCGCGAUCCACAAUCCACGAUCACCACAAUACACGGAAACGCGCGCGACAACUACGACGACGAAAAAGGAAGAAAACUCACAGCACACGUGGCGGCGCACAAAAUGGUGAUGGUCACUACGGUGCAGCUGCUCCGCUGGCUUCCCGUCUGUACGGUGCUGGUCACGAUACAAGAAUGGCACCGGACGCUGGCCCUGCGGCUGACUAAUAUGAACGUACCGGAGGUGGUCGACUACCGUGACACGGUUACCCUUUCCUGCAGCUACGAUCUCGGCGUGCACCAGUUGAACUCCGUCAAAUGGUACAAGGGCAACCAGGAGUUUUACCGGUAUGCCCCGAUGCUGACGCCCCAGGUAACGGUGUACCCGGUCGACGGGAUUGCCAUCGCGACGGACCGACCGACCAUCUGCAACCAGUACCUCUGCUCCAUUCGUCUCACCGGGCUGGGACGGCGGUCGAGCGGCGAGUAUCGGUGCGAGAUAUCGGGCGAUGCGCCCGAGUUCAAGCUGGCAAAUGGGACACGCAACAUGACGGUCGAAGCACUGCCGGUGGAAGACCCAACCAUUAGCGGGCUCAGCUCGAGCUAUCUGCCCCACGAGCACAUCGCCGCCAACUGCACCUCAGACCGGUCCAGCCUGCCCGUCCGGUUGCUGUGGUUCAUCAACGGACGCACCGUCCCGAUGGAGUAUCUGCAGCAGCAGCAGGAGACGACGCUCGAGAGCGACGCGUUCCAGCUGCGGUAUCGUACCCUCGAGAUGCGGGUCCCGAUCGAACGGUUGGUGCAGCGCGAACUCGACAACGCCAUCCAUAUCAAGUGCGUCGCGACGGUCGAUCUGGUACCGGCGGCGAGCCGGGAGGCGGCGGCGGUCAUAGCGCUCCGUAGCCACCGAUCGUCGCUGUUCGGUUUCGGUGGUGGCCAUCACAGCAACGCAGCCGCCUCCGCCACCACCACCACCACCGUCGUCGGGCGCAGCAAUGUGCUGCUGCUGUUGCUGGUGCUGCUCAGUGCUCAACCGAUGCUACUUACCGUCGUGGUGAUGUGGGUGGGAUUUACGGUGUACUCGCUGCCCGAUUCCUGGCCUGGCCGCUCCCUCUGAGGCACUCUAUCGCCACCUCGACUCGACCCGGCGGUUGUUUGUAACUGAGAUGACGCCAAUCAGCCAGCCAGCAACCG